AUCGCUCAUUGGUCUCAGCAAUGUGACAGGGGAGAUACCCAGGGAGAUUCGAUACUUGACGGCCCUCACUACCCUGGACCUCAUACUUCUCCGUGAUGUGGAUUUCCCAGACUGGGUCACUCAGAUGUCCAAUCUCCAGUCCCUGCGAGUGAUCAACGACGAGCCACGGAGGCAGGGAGUGCUGCCAGAAGGCCUUUCAGAGUUGACAGCACUCACUCGACUGUCCCUCUCGGGUAACAACCUGGAAGGCGCGCUGCCCAAAGGCUUCUCCACACUUGUGAAUCUGGCUAUUCU